AAGCAGAGGUGAAACGAGCCCAAGAGGAAAUGGCGUUUGCCUACCAGAAAAAUUUCCUGGAGUUACAGAUGCAGUUAAACAAUGAACAAUCCAACCUGGGCCAAAUGCAAGAAGAAAACAAAUGGCUGCAACAGGAAGUGGCUGAGCUGAGAGAGGAAGUGAGAACUGCGGAGAAGAAGUUUAUCUCCGAAGAGGCUGAUAAGAGCGCUCUGGUUGAAAAGCUGGAGGCGGAACACGUGAAGAGAGAGAAGAACAUGUGGAUCCUAGAAGCCAGACUGCAGGAAAUUCAAGACCUCCUUCUAGCCAAAAUGAAAGAGCUGAGUUCCACCCAUGACAGAAACUACCAGCUGCAAAGCGAGAUCGGCUAUCUAGAAGCCAAGCUGGAGGAAUACCACCGAUGGGGGAAUAUGCACAGCCUGAUUUUGUCUUCAGCGGAGCAGCUGGUCCAGACUUCCCCAGCGCUAAGACCCUCAGACUUUGCCUUCCUCAACCCAUCCAACGUGUCCUGGGGCACUGCUCAGUCCGUCUCUUCUCCGUCUACUACAUCCACUUCCCCCCCUCCUGCAUCAAGAACUGCCUCUGCGGCCUUGGCGGACUGGAGCAGGACCACGAGGAACCUAUUUAGUGACAGAUCCUCCUCAGAGGUAGCCAAACUGCCGUCAACGCCCAUCCCAUCUGAGGAGAGUCUGUUGGGACAAGGAUCGGAUUAUUUUCACACUCUCUUUUCGGAAGCCAAGAAGCACAAGGAAAGAAAUGGAGGGCCCUGGGAUGUUUCUCUGAAAGCCAACUGCCCCCCAGCUACAUCCAGUGCUCUUGGAGACGUUAAAAUAGCUGAGGUGGAUCCCGAAGGUGUUUUUGUGACGCUCCUCAACAGCUCUGCGGAGAAAGAAGAGGGUAUCGGAGGUUAUGUUUUACAGCAAAACGUCAACGGCCAAGCGAUCGCUUGCUACAGAUUUCCCCCCAACGUUCGAAUGAAGGCCAAUUCCACAGUGAAGGUUUGGGCAGCGUCUGCGGAGAGAAAAGGAGAUGAGGCCGACUCUGGGAAUGCUCCGGAUCACGACCCUCCGCUGGAUUUUUUCUGGAAGGGGCAGGACAGGUUGCGGACGACUUUCGACUGCACGACUCUCCUGUGUAAACCCAACGGUCAGGCCGUUGCUUGGUACACUCCUAUCCACCGAGCGAGUAAGGAGGAAUGGGACAAACGACAUUCUGGAAGUGAAUUCCAAAGCGGCCCUGAGGUAACAACGGUGAAUCCGCACGACCGCAAGGAAUCAGGACGGACAAAAUCAAAGGCUUUGUCGAGUCACCUGGGAAGACAGAAACACUCAUUUCUGGAGAAUCAAGUCCAAAUUUUCCUUAAAAGAGAGAAAGAACGGCCGCCCAGCUUGUCUCGCACUCAUAACCCUUGGACCCAGAGCCCCAGUUGCCUGUGCCAUCCCAACUACUCGCCGGCCGGACCCCGGGCCCCGGGCCGGGACCAGGGCAGCCUCUGGGCACAGCCCAGGUCACAGUCGGCCAAACCCGAACCACCUCCAGGCAACCUUUGGGCUGGGACCCGAAAAAGCAGAAAUGUCAGCGCAGGAACUCCGAGUCACAAAAGAAUAGGGAGACCUACUCGAUCUCAAGGACCGAACUUGGGUGGAAUGCUGUACCUGGGCCACAGAGUUCCCACGGGAUCCGUUUUCCAGGAUGAGCCUCUCCUGCCACAGCCGUGACCUCCGCCUGCCCUUCGCCUCCCUUCCCCCAGCCCCUUUCCUUUCUUUUAAACGCAAGCACCGUGAGGGGACAAGAUUGGCGUCGCCUUCCAUCACCCUCCUAACUGGGAGUCCGGGGCGGGCUGUGGCCGGGUUUUUCCCGCCCCUUCCUGACAGAAC